GCGCAACACCUUCACUCAGAUCGCCAGCGCCGUCGUCCCCGCCCGGAUCACUGAAGAUUCCCGCCGCCCAUCCCGUCCAGCCCGACGUCGAUCGGGGGCUCCUUUCUUGUGAGGUGUGUGGCUGUCGGCGUCCCGUCCGCGAGCUCAUCUUGAUCAGGAAGCGAGAUCGAAGCCGAUCUGCACUCAGCAAAAGGGCCAGGAGAUCGAAGAUGGCGGCUCCGGUUGGAAAUGCAGCCUUCCUCCUGCUGUUGGCUGCCUGCUGCUGCGUCGCCACCCUUGCCUGCGACCCCAAUGGCGCCAAGUUCGGGUACGUCGGCUCCGUGGGCCCUGACCACUGGGGCGGCCUGAGCCCCAACUUCACGGAGUGCGCUGUGGGGACGAACCAGUCCCCGAUCGACAUCGCGACGGCCAGAGCGGUCUACAACCCGGCGCUGCAGCCCCUCCACCGGGACUACACCGUCGCCAACGGCACCCUCGUCGACAACGUCGUCAACCUCGCGCUGCGGUUCGACGCCGGCGGCGGGAACGUGACCGUGGACGGGAAGCAGUACCGGCUGAAGCAGAUGCACUGGCACUCGCCGUCCGAGCACACCAUCAACGGGCAAAGGUUCCCCGUGGAGCUCCACAUGGUCCACGCCAGCGACGACGGCAACGUCACCGUCGUGGCGAUGCUCUACCGCUUCGGCAGGCCGGACCCGUUCCUAGCGCAGCUGCAGGACAAGCUCGCCGCGCUCUAUGCCGAGGGCUGCGACGCCGAGAAGGGCGCCCCGGUGCCCGCCGGCGUCGUGAGCCUGUGGCCGCUGCGGCUGCGCUCCCACACGUACUACCGGUACGUCGGGUCCUUCACCACGCCGCCCUGCACCGAGAACGUCGUCUGGAGCAUCCUCGCCCAGGUGAGGGAGAUGUCGGUGGACCAGGCCGCCGCCCUGACGGCGCCGCUGGAGCAGGACUACCGGCGCAACAACAGGCCCACGCAGCCGAUGAACGGCCGCGUCGUCCAGGUCUACCGUACCGCGGUGCCAUGAAGAGCCAAGAGGGCGCCGUAGGCGUACCCCGCCCGCAUGGUCAUCAGUUGUUUCUCUGCGUCCAAGUAGUUUGUGACUUUGGUGUUCUGCAUGUGUUCGGUUCUAGGUCUGGUCUCUCGUUAGUCGCCGGCCAUGUCCCCGGUUCGGGCAAUCUGGAGUCUGAAGUUGGUCGGUAGGUCUAGGGUUUAUAAGGCUAAUCACAAUGUGGGUUUUAUGUCCAUGUUUCUAAGAAUGCCACGUCAACUUUGUAGAAGAAUGAAACACCCUCUCUCAGUAGAGAGUUUCAUCUCACUAUUUCAUAUGCCAACAUACUACUUAAAUGCUAC